AUGAGGCCAAGUAAGCAGAAAACAUGGGCCCAACAGAGGCUCCAGCACCGAUGGCGAGCGAUUCCUCCGUUGGGAAAGAGAUGUCCUCCUCCUGCUCCUCCUCCUCCUCCUCCAACCUCAGACGACGCGGCGGAGAAACAGAACAGCACUACUAGCGACGAAGACACGAGUCCUCCCCCGAAUCCACGUACGAUCCUCAGCGCGGCAAGGACGGAUCCCUUUGCCAACUACACCAUUCCUCACUACGCGCAUGAAGCCAUGGAUCACGCAUUGAGUUUCACCUGGCCGCAAUGUCUCCCCACCGAUCUCGAAAAGAUUGUGAUACCGUUCCGAGCGACGUGGAUGCGGCUGGUCAUGGCGUCGCCUCUCGUGCUGCACACCUUCAUCUUCGCCACCACCAAGCAGCUGCUGUGCCUGAGAGGGCAGAAGGAGGACGACAUGUCGCAGCUGGCGGUGCGGGCGCCGUCGAUCCACCAGAGCGAGGCUCUCAACCACGCCCGAAACGAGAUCGAGUCGCUGGAAGGAGGGCCUCCCUCGGACGGAAUGAUUUUGGCGGUCAUCAUCCUCGCUGUCAAUGGCACACGUCGACAACACAUCCCACCACAACCUCAUCCGGUCUCUCCCCUCGCAAAGACCCAGAGCCUCCAUCUCUUCAGUCUGCUGAACGUCGUCGAAGCGCACGUCAAAGCCGUUGCCCAGCUCGUGUCUCUGAAGGGGGGUCUGGGAGCGGUGGAUACGUACGGUGUCCGAGAUACGCUUUUGCUAGCCGACAUUUACUUCUCGUCCAUACUGGGCACGAGGCCGGGUCAAGUCUGGCCCACGCCGGUGACGAAUCUUGUCGAUGCUGGCCUGCACUCGCUGGACGCAAGGGCCGAACACCUCGUUUCCCAGCUCGGCACGGGGUUUGGCCCCUUCAAACUAGACGACGACCUCCGGGUCGUCCUCCAGCUCAUGUGCGACCUUGUCGUCGCCCUGGACCACCACGUCCGCAAGGGAAGCCACCCGCCGGAAUGGUCCGACAUCAUCCUGCAGCGCAACGCCGUGCAGAACAAACUCCUCUGGCUGAAGCCGUCGACGCACGAGGAAUUUGUCAAAGCCGGUACGCUCAACAACAUCACCCGCCUCGCCGCCAACAUCUUCAGCGACAUGGUCCUCUUCCCGCUCAGUCCCGCCACGGGGAUCAAGCCGCGCCUGGCCGGCGAGCUGCGGCGGUGUCUGCGGACCCUCCCCAUCCUCGACAUCGAGGAGUACGGUCCCCCCUCGGAGUUUUUCCUCUGGGUGCUCACGCUCGGCGGGAUCGCCGCGUCCUUCACCAGGCACCGCGGCUGGUACAUCGAGAAGCUGGCCGAGUAUUAUGGGGAGGUCCUGGUCCUUUGUAAAAGCGGUAGUGGGAGUGAGAGUGGGAGUGAUGAUUCGAUACUAAAGCGCAUGCGCCCCUUCCUGUGGUGGGCAGACGUCUGCGAUCGGCCGGCACGGCUGCUGUGGGCACAGUCGCGCGACGUCUACGACGAGGAGAGGAGUCUUGAGGGGGAGUAUCCCCCGAUUUCGACAUGA